UCCAACAUGGCCGCGCCCAGGUGAGGUGGUGUGUGAGUACCCGCCGCGGCUUUCUCGGGCUAGAGUGGAGAGAUUGGCGAAGUACUGCAAUGGACGGCAAACUUCAAAGUAAUUACAAACUCAGUAAAACUGAGAAGAAGUUCUUAAGGAAACAGAUUCAAGCCAGGCAUACUUUGCUGAGACAUGAAGGCAUUGAGACAGUAUCAUAUGCCACUCAGAGCCUGGUUGUUGCCAAUGGUGGUUUGGGUAAUGGUGUGAGUAGGAACCAACUGCUCCCAGUUUUAGAAAAAUGUGGACUGGUGGAUGCUCUGUUGAUGCCACCUAACAAGCCCUACUCAUUUGUGAGAUACAAAACUGCAGAAGAAUCCAAGAAAGCCUAUGUUACCCUCAAUGGAAAAGAAAUAGUGGAUGAUUUAGGACAAAAGAUCAUUCUGUACUUGAACUUUGUGGACAAAGCACAAUGGAAGGAGUUGGGGCCUCAAGCCUUACCUCCAGGCCUCAUGGUAAUAGAAGAAAUUAUUUCUUCUGAAGAUGAGGAAAUACUUUUGAAAAGUGUUAAUUGGACAGAAGAUACAGACAAUCAAAAUUUUCAAAAAUCCUUAAAGCACAGAAGAGUAAAGCAUUUUGGUUAUGAAUUCCACUACGAGAACAACAACAUAGAUAAAGAUAAGCCAUUACCUGAGGGUCUUCCUGACAUUUGUGAUAGCAUUUUGGAGAAAUGGUUGAAGGAAGGUUACGUUAAACAUAAACCUGAUCAACUGACCAUAAAUCAGUAUGAACCAGGGCAUGGAAUUCCUGCUCAUAUUGACACACAUUCUGCUUUUGAGGAUGAGAUCGUUUCUCUCAGUUUGGGGUCCGAGAUUGUCAUGGAUUUUAAGCACCCAGAUGGUGUCACAGUGCCAGUUAUGUUGCCUCGUCGGAGUUUACUGGUGCUGACAGGAGAAUCUAGAUACCUUUGGACCCAUGGAAUCACACCCAGAAAAUUUGAUACUGUUCAAGCAUCUGAGGGUCACAAAAGUGGAAUUAUCACCAGUGAUGUCGGAGACUUAACUUUAAGCAAAAGGGGAAUACGAACAUCAUUUACAUUUAGGAAAGUGAGGCAAACACCUUGUAACUGUAGUUACCCUUUGGUCUGUGACAGCCAGAGGAAAGAGAGUCCCCCCUCAUUUCCAGAGAGUGAUAAAGAAGCUUCACAGCUGGAACAAGAGUAUGUCCAUCGAGUUUAUGAAGAGAUCGCUGGGCAUUUCAGCAGCACAAGACAUACCCCUUGGCCACACAUCGUGGAGUUUUUGAAGGCUUUGCCAAGCGGUUCAGUAGUGGCCGAUAUUGGAUGUGGAAAUGGAAAGUAUCUUGGCAUCAAUAAGGAUUUAUAUAUGAUUGGUUGUGAUCGUAGCCAAAACCUUGUGGACAUUUGUAGAGAGAGGCAAUUUCAGGCCUUUGUCUGUGAUGCAUUAACGGUACCAGUCCGCAGUGGAUCUUGUGAUGCUUGCAUCUCCGUUGCUGUUAUUCACCAUUUUGCAACAGCGGAGCGUAGAGUGGCAGCUCUCCAAGAACUUGUUCGACUCCUGAGACCUGGUGGGAAGGCACUCAUUUAUGUCUGGGCAAUGGAACAAGAAUAUAAGAAGCAGAAGUCAAAGUAUCUUAGAGGAAACAGAAUUAGCCAAGGAAAGAAAGAGGAGAUCAUCAGUGACACAUCAAUGCAGGGGUUGCUUGUGGAGCACAUGCCUGACCCAGGCAAUCAAGACUCAGCCUCUUCUGUCCCCUCCAUUAUUGACUUUCAGGAGACAGGAUGUAAUUCAAGGAAGGCUGCUAAUUCUCAGCUGCCUGUUCACAUUAACAGGACUUCUUUUCACUCUCAAGAUGUACUGGUUCCCUGGCACCUUAAAGGAAAUCCUUGUAAAGACAAACCUGUUGAGCCAUUUGGCCCAGCAGGAUGCCAUGACUCAAGCCCUGUGUUUCAUCGUUUCUACCAUGUGUUCUGUGAGGGAGAAUUGGAAGCUGCCUGCCAGGCUUUGAGUAAUGUCAGCAUUCUACAAAGCUACUAUGAUCAGGGUAACUGGUGUGUGAUUCUUCAAAAGGUCUGAUUAUUUAUGUGAACAUGUCGUAUAUAGAGAAGAAAUGCUCAGGUUUUUUUUUUUAAAGAAGACUAAAUUAAUUGUCCUUUUAAUUAAAGAGGAAAACUUCUGGAAAAGUACCAAAGGAGAGCUCCUGAGAGAAAUUUGGAAGUAGAGAUUAGUUAGGAAAUAUUCAGUCUGAUCCUCUUGGCUGACCUCAUAAAUGUAGGCUGCUCUUACAUCUCUUGGGGAUGGUUUUUAAAAGUGAUUGAAAUAGUUUCUGAAGUGUUUGGAAUCCUUGGGUAAGAGUACUGCAUUUUGAAGAUAACCUUUUGUUACAAAAUGUUAAUAAAUGGACUAAAUCAUGUAGGAUCUUCGUGAAGUAAUUAUAGAGCAUUUUAAUAAAGAAAACAUUCCUGGCCAAUAGGAAAUUGUUUGAAGUUUUAUCUAAGACUCUUAGUUCUGUAAAAUCGUAGGCGAUAAUCACUUUAUCACCACACCUUACUAGCACAGGACUUGACACAUAGUAGGCAGAUGCUCAGUAAAACUUUAGCCAAUCAGAUAAUACCCAUAAGUCAGUAGGAGUUUCAUUCAACAAAUACUUGUUGAACCCCUACCAUGUAUCAGUUACUACUUUAAGUAUUGGAAAUGAAGCUUUGAACAAGAAAGAAAAAGCCUCAUGGAGCUUCCAUUCUAGAAGGGGAGACAGACAAUAAGCAAAUAAAUAAAUAGAUACUAUGUGCUAGACAGUAAUAAAUGCCAUGAUAAAAAUAAAACAGGAGGAGUGGUUUCACCUGGGAGCAAAAGAUCAUUUGUAAGUGGCUGAAAUAACUACUAAUCCUGACUGUAAUUUAUUACCAAUAGUUAAUUGAUAUUCCUAAUUCAUUGAUCUAGGUGCUAUAGACAACCCAAAUAUGCUCCAUUGACCCUUUUUUUUUAAGUAGCAAAAGUUAAAAUGCUGUCAAUCAGACCUAAUUAUGCCAUAAUAGCCAAAGCUGUGGUGUCAUUAUUGAGUAUUUCUAGUUUCUAGUAUUUCCAGUAUUAUAGUAUAUUCAUAGUCUGUUAGUCUAGGUACAAUCAAGGGUUAUUUUUUAAUUCUAUACAAUGUUGCAUAGUAACCCAGUUGACUUACCACUUAAGAUACCAGAAGGAGCAAUGGUAGAAAGUUAACCAGAAGUCAAAUCAUGCA